GCGCCAAACUCUGCAACAGAGCCACUGCAAAAAAAAAAAAAUGUCUUCUUCGCCCAGGAUGCAAAACGAAAGCAAAGCAGGCGAGGCGAGGGCGGAAGCCGAGGAAAUCCCCUCCCCGUUUUCCCCCAAUCCACCCCAUCCUGACCAGGAAAGAAAAAAAGAAGAAGAAGAAAACGGGGGGACACGCCUCCUCCUCGCCCAGCUGCCUGGAAGGGGAGAAAGAGGAGGCACCGAGCGGCGCGCCAGAGAGCCUCCCUCCUGCUGCUCCUGCCGCCGCCACACGUGAGGCCCUCUCCCACCUAAGGAAGCCCGCGGGGCUCAGUCCAAUGGGAAUCCAAUCCCCAACGCGGACCUCGGAGGGGGAAAAGCCGCCACAAAGCCCGAAAGACCGCCAGCGCAACAGCAGGCGCGGCUACGGGAGCCGGCGAGGGCCAAGACGCACCCUGCCCACCGCGGCCCUCGCAGCCGAGGCCGGGCGGCGGCGCCGACUCUUCCCUUAAAAAAAAAGAGCGCGAGGCCGCCCGACGACGACGAACCCCAACCUCCUCCUCCCCCCCCUCCUUUCUCCGACCAUGGCUGGGCGCGCGCGAGAGCCGCUGCUGCCGCCUCAGCAGCAGCAGCAGCCGCAGCCCGGCAACCCGAUCACUUCCGGUUUCUCUUCCCCCAACCCCUCAGCAGCAGCAGCUCAGGAGGUCAGACCCGCCACUGAUGGUAGCAGCAGCAGCUCCUCCUCCUCCUCCUCUAAGAAGCGAAAGCUGAACAGUAAUAGUGCCAAUAGUGAGAGAGAAGAAGUCGAGUCUAUCUCCUCCUGCUCGUCCCUUUCCAGAAACAACAACUCUUCCACAUCCUCUGUCAUCACCUCCAACUCUACUGCCUCCUGUUCCUCCUCAGGGGUUGCCUCUUCCAACCAUCAUCUGCAGAAGAAGUUACGCUUUGAGGACUCCUUGGAUUUUAUUGGACUUGAUGUGAAGAUGGCUGAAGAGUCUUCCUCUUCUUCACCCGCUGCCUCCUCGCAGCAGCAGCAGCACCAGCAGCAGCUCAAAAACAAAAGCCUUUUAAUUUCCUCUGUAGCUGUGGGACACCACGCAAAUGGCCUGACCAAAGCUGCCUCUUCCACUGUCUCCAGUUUUGCCAACAGUAAACCUGGGUCAGCCAAGAAGUUAGUGAUCAAGAACUUUAAAGAUAAGCCUAAAUUGCCUGAAAAUUACACAGAUGAAACUUGGCAAAAACUAAAGGAAGCUGUAGAAGCUAUUCAGAAUAGUACUUCAAUAAAGUAUAAUUUAGAAGAGCUGUAUCAGGCUGUUGAAAAUCUCUGCUCCUACAAGAUCUCUGCAAAUUUGUACAAACAGUUAAGACAGAUUUGUGAAGAUCAUAUCAAAGCACAGAUUCAUCAGUUCAGAGAGGAUUCAUUGGAUAGCGUUCUUUUUCUCAAGAAAAUAGAUAAAUGUUGGCAAGACCAUUGCAGACAAAUGAUAAUGAUUAGAAGUAUCUUUUUGUUCCUGGACCGAACCUACGUUCUUCAAAAUUCAAUGUUGCCAUCAAUUUGGGACAUGGGACUUGAAUUGUUCAGGACACAUAUAAUUAGUGAUCAGAAAGUCCAGAACAAGACCAUUGAUGGCAUUCUUCUGUUGAUUGAGAGGGAAAGAAAUGGAGAAGCUAUUGAUAGGAGCCUGCUCCGUAGCCUUCUAAGUAUGCUUUCAGAUUUGCAGAUUUAUCAGGAUUCUUUUGAGCAUAGAUUCUUGGAAGAAACAAAUCGCCUAUAUGCAGCCGAAGGACAGAGGCUCAUGCAAGAAAGAGAGGUUCCUGAAUAUCUUCAUCAUGUGAACAAACGUUUGGAAGAAGAGGCCGAUAGGAUUAUCACUUACUUGGAUCAAAGCACUCAGAAACCACUAAUUGCUACUGUAGAAAAACAGCUGCUAGGUGAACAUUUAACAGCCAUUCUACAGAAAGGUUUAAAUCACCUCCUUGAUGAAAACCGAAUUCAAGAUUUAUCUCUCCUAUAUCAGUUGUUCAGUAGAGUGAAAAAUGGAGUGCAAGCUCUCCUGCAGCAGUGGAUUGAGUAUAUAAAGGCAUUUGGGAGCACCAUUGUAAUUAAUCCAGAGAAAGACAAAACCAUGGUUCAAGAACUGCUAGACUUCAAGGAUAAAGUCGAUCAUAUAAUUGACAUUUGCUUUUUGAAGAACGAGAAGUUUGUCAAUGCCAUGAAAGAAGCCUUUGAAACCUUCAUCAACAAAAGACCAAAUAAACCUGCUGAACUCAUAGCUAAAUAUGUGGAUUCAAAGCUUCGGGCUGGCAACAAAGAGGCUACUGACGAAGAACUUGAAAAGAUGCUGGAUAAGAUCAUGAUUAUAUUUAGGUUCAUCUACGGAAAAGAUGUUUUUGAAGCCUUUUACAAAAAAGAUCUAGCAAAGCGGCUACUAGUAGGCAAAAGUGCAUCAGUAGAUGCUGAGAAAUCCAUGCUUUCCAAGCUCAAACAUGAAUGUGGAGCUGCUUUCACCAGCAAACUUGAAGGAAUGUUUAAAGACAUGGAGCUUUCUAAAGACAUCAUGAUACAGUUUAAGCAGUAUAUGCAGAAUCAGAAUGUACCUGGUAACAUUGAGCUCACCGUGAAUAUCUUGACUAUGGGCUAUUGGCCAACCUACGUGCCUAUGGAGGUCCACUUGCCCUCAGAGAUGGUAAAACUGCAAGAAAUAUUUAAGACGUUUUACUUAGGAAAACACAGUGGCAGGAAACUUCAAUGGCAAUCAACAUUGGGACACUGUGUGCUAAAAGCGGAAUUUAAAGAGGGCAAAAAAGAACUGCAGGUUUCUUUGUUCCAGACUCUAGUGCUGCUUAUGUUUAACGAAGGUGAAGAAUUCAGCUUAGAGGAGAUCAAACAAGCUACUGGGAUAGAGGAUGGAGAGUUGCGGCGGACGCUCCAGUCAUUAGCCUGUGGCAAGGCAAGAGUUCUUACAAAAAGCCCCAAAGGCAAAGAUGUGGAAGAUGGGGACAAAUUUACUUGCAAUGAUGACUUCAGACAUAAGCUGUUCAGGAUAAAAAUCAAUCAGAUCCAGAUGAAAGAAACGGUAGAAGAACAAGCGAGUACUACGGAACGAGUCUUUCAGGAUCGGCAGUACCAAAUCGAUGCUGCCAUUGUGAGGAUCAUGAAAAUGCGCAAGACACUCAGCCAUAAUCUGCUUGUGUCAGAAGUGUACAACCAGCUGAAAUUCCCAGUCAAGCCUGCUGACCUUAAGAAGAGAAUAGAAUCAUUAAUUGACAGAGACUACAUGGAAAGAGACAAGGAGAAUCCCAACCAGUAUAACUACAUUGCAUAAACACACAACAGGCCUUUUCUGUUUUUCUUUUCUGCACAUUCAAUGUUCUACUUGGUUGCUGGUGGGUAAACAAGGCUGUUGAUCCCAUUAAAUUAACCUUUUUUUCCUACUACCAAUGACUGAAAUGAAAGCAAUGUAAUGGGGAGGGGGGGAACAUAGUAGAGUGGACUUUUUCCGUGGCUGUCACAUGCCCAUUUGAAGAGUAGUAUUUACAUUUUUAAGAAGAAUGCUGUUGAACUCUUUGCAUGAUAUUCAGUAUGAUGUGCAGAAAACUGUAAGGAAGUACCUGGUCCUUGUGAUUCUCUUGGUCCCCCAGGUCUCAAGAGAAGCCUCUCUUUAGCAAGCAGCUCUCUUCCCUUGUUUCCAUCUCAGAACAAUGAGAAGGUAAAAUUAACCUUUUUCUUUUUUAAAAUAACACAGCCUUUUAAAAAUGCAUAAACUGCAUGCAAAACUCUUAAUUCCUGUACAGAAUGAUUGGGUAUGUAUAUCAAACAGCAACAUCUAUAUGAAUUUGGCUUUCCCUCGGGAUAACAGUAGUCAGCUUACAGUUCACUGAGAGUGCGAAACUGGUCUGCAGCCAUUGGAAAGAAAAUUGUUGCAACGUCCAAGGUUGUGAGAUAACAUAAGCUGUUUAUUGGGUGAAAUCCUGGUGCUUAGCGUGGCCCAUCGCAGCUAGCAGAGUCCCAUUGAAUUAGUGGGGAUUUAGUAGGUCAACUCAUCCAUAAGUGCCACUGAUUCAGUUGGGCCUACUCUAGCUACAGCUUACUUGAAGCACCAGGAUUUGAGCCAUAAAUUUGCUACCGGCUCGAUCUGUGUUGCAGAAGCUACUUUUGAGGUUUAGAUUACUGAUAACUCCCUUCAUGAUCAAAUGUAAGAACUUCUGAAAAUAAAUACAUUCUUAAUGUAAAAGCUGCUACGGGGGAGUAACUCCUCCCCCUUUAUUUUUUUUUUCUCAAAGAAGGUCAUUCUAAGUCAACAUGAAACCCAGAGUUGAAGGAUACCAUAGGAGUUGAUCUGCGUUUUCUUUUGUUUCCCCACUCAGACACUACAAGAACUUCAGUGAUGAGUUUUGUACUUUUCUUCUUCUUCUUCUUUUGCACAGUCCGACACUGCUUCAGCUUAAACCAGGGGUUAUAGAGAGGGCUUCUCAUAGAGGAGGUUUGCUGUCACCUUUGCCUUAGCAGUGACCUUGCUCUGAAGCACGCUUGGGUAGUUCUGGACGUCCCCAUAAGGUUGGACUUGCCGUUUCCAUCAGACCUAGGCAGCAACAGCCCUUGGCCAGAGACCCUCUGUCACUAUCUAGAGGGUCACAGGCUGCCCACCCUAGCUCUUUUCACCAGGGUGCCACAAGUUAGCAAGGUCUGCAGUCUACACAUCAGACCCUCCAAACAAGCAUAACCCAAGGAACAUAUAGGAGUGCUUAGAAUAGUAGCAACAGGGUCCAUUAAAGAUUAUGUAUGAUCUCAGUCAUCUGGAGCAACCUGGUGGUUGGGUUUGUUUGUUUGUUUUUUCUGUUUUUACUCCUAGUCUUUAAACAAGCUUAGGCAUGUUUGUCUCCAGAGAGCACACUGUAUGGUAUAUUAAAUGAUGUCAUUUUAAUCCAAGGAGGUUGCUUUAACAGCUGCAUUAGUUCUUUACUUUUCAGACGUCAGCCAAGGGUCCUAUUUAAGAGAGGCUGAGGGAGGUUAUUACUGCUUGAACCCGUGCUGACAUCCACAAUUGACCCCCAUCACUGAGAAUGUUGUGAUGGUCUUACUUUCAGGCCCCUCGUUUCUUCUCUCCACAUUCACUGCAUGGGAACUUCUGGUCAUCCAUCUCUUCCCCUAACCUGCUCAUCUGGAGCAGUAUUCCCAAAACAAGAGAGGAGUAAAGUUCUAAAGCACAAAAGCUGCCACUUGCAGAGCCCUGGAUGAGCUUGGCCAAGAGAGUGGAGUGCCUGAGAACUCUUGGCAGGGAGGGAGAAGCAGCCGGCAUGAAAGGCACUGCAGGUUGCUUUAAAGCAUUUAUGUCUCCCUUGCAUCUCUUUUCCUGUGUACUUGAUGGUUCUUUUUUAUUUACAUAAAAACUCCUCUGAAGGGGGAACAAAAGCGACUGUAGAUGGAAAAGAAGCUGAAUACGAAAGGAACGGAAACAUAAGUUGUUGUGUAAUUUUGUGUGGUCGGGAGCCAUGUAGCAAGCUUUGUAAUUUCAGUCCUUUGCAGGGAGACGGAGGGAGGCAGUAAGAAUAAUUUUAAAGAUGGGAUUUAAUUCAUACCAAGCCACAGUACUUCCGAGUAAUAGAGAUAUUGAUCCUGUAGCUAAAUUCAUCAGCCCCCCCCCUUUUUUUUUUUAAACUUCUGGGCCAUUUGGAUUCUUCUGUUUUCCACUUUCUUGCAUUUUUGGGGAUCCCUUACAUAGAGGGUUGUGUUAAUGACAUCAUUAUUGAGAACGUGAGCAGAGUGUGCUCAAGGUCAUGCUGGAAAAAGCAGACGGCAGUUGGUUGCCCUUCCUCUCCUAUAUUUCCCCAGCAAGCAUUUUUACAAGCGCUGUCCCUUUCUACCCUGAUUGGUGUUGAACUUCGGCAAAAACUACUUUUCCAGCCAUACUGUCCAGCAACGUUUUUCCCUUUUGUCUUUGUUUUGUUUUUUUGCUGGAAUCAUGUGCCUGCUUUAUUGAGCCAUAAAUAUAUUUAUAAUAAAUUUAUAUAUGUAUAAAUAACACCUUUUCUUUGCCGUGGGCUUGGACUCUGAUCCCCACAGCAUGUCUGGCCAUACAUUUUUAAAAAUCUCUUUCUUGCAUGCAGUUUAUAGCGGAUUCAUUUAUAAUAAAUUGCAGUUUAUUCUAAUAAAUAUUUUAGGUUUGGGUUUUUUAAGGAAAAAAAACUUUCUACCCAACAAAAUGAAUCAUUACUAUUAUUAUUUUCUUUCUUGGCUGGUUUAAAAUAAAUUUAAGAAAGCAACCGUUCUGUUUCAAAUCUAAUGGCAAAUGUGUUGUUUGUAAAGAUUUUUCUGUUCUCUAGCUUACACAAAGGUGCCAAAGUAUUAUAGUUUAUUAAAACAAAAAAAA